UUGUUUUUACUUACAUUCACAAAAUACACUCUCUCUUCUCAUUUUCAUUUCCCAGUUCCCACCCUUUCCUCUUCUCCAUUUCCCUCCUCCGGCCCUCAUUCCACCACCAUGUCUUCCGUCGUCCACACCUUCACCAAGACUCGCUCCUUUCUCCCCUCCAGACCCCUCCCCGAUGCACUCCCCCUCUCUCACACCGACUCCCCCUCCGACCAAACCCUCCGCCGCCGCCUCUCCUCUCUUUCCCUCCGCAUUCAGCCAAUCUCCUCCCCUGCCACUGCUUGGGCCAUUCGAAAAUCCAAGUCCAUGUCCUCAUUCGGAGAUCUCGCCGGCUCCUCCGUCAGAAAGUGGUGGGACUGGGGCUGGGCUUGGAUCCUUUCUCGCAAACCUAUCUUCGCUAAAGAUCUGGAGAUGAACGAAGAGGAAUCCAAAAUCCUUGGAUCUCAAAACAGAGGUAGUUGGAAACACGUCUUCUUCAAGUUCAGAUCCGAAAUCAGAAAGCUCAUUGGCUCUGAUGUUGCCCUCCCCCAAACUACCCCCAACUAUCGAUCCUUCAAUUUCCCCAACAACAAUAGCGGAAUCAGAACCUAAUUAAUCGAUCUCUCAUCCUUCUUUGCCCUUCUUCCUCCAUUGAUUUUGUAUCCAAUUGUUCUUUUUGUAUCGCGUAAUAUCAUGCCGAUGAAUUCGAAGAUCGAUUAGGGUUCCAAUUUGACGAUGCCGCAUUGCUCUGGAUCCAACCAAAAUUAGGUGGUAUAGAACAACUUAAAUAGCUUAGGGAUAUGGUUGUCAUUAUUUAGAUGCUUAUAUUUUUACGUGCUAUUUUUUUUUAUAAUUUUUUUUUUUUACUUUGGUGGAUUUAAUUUUGUACAACGAUGCUGUUAUUUUUUCUGUAUUGUAUUGUAUUUUACUUUCAAUUCUUUUUCUUUUUUCUUUUUUACUACGGAGGGUUAAAUGUAAAAAUAUUGUUGUAUUACUAUUAUUAUUGUCGUUAUUAUUACAACCUUUAGUGUUGUGUUGUUAAACUGGUUGUUCAGCAUUCAUAAAA